UCGAUACCAUCCCAUCGAUGGUUUUUGCAGCCCUGCUUUUGCAAAACAGAAAAAUAUUUUACAAUCUUAAUAAUUCCAAACUACGUGCGUUUAAAGACAACAACGAUAUUUCCUCGCACAACCGGUAGAGCACCAUUAAGCCUUUUCAAGCAACGCCCACAGAAAUGGACUUCUCAAAGGCACCCAAUGCACGGAAACUGCAACUUUGCCGUACAUACUUCUAUGCUGGAUUUGCUCUUCUACCCUUCGUGUGGGCCAUUAAUGUAUGCUGGUGCUUUGAGGAGGCCUUUCGAAAGCCCCCAUUCCCGGAACAAAGCCAAUUAAAACGAUUUGUCAUAUACUCCGCCGUGGGCACCCUUUUGUGGCUCGUGGCGAUCAUUGCAUGGAUCAUCACAUUCCAGACGAAUCGCACCUCCUGGGGAGCAACCGCAGACUACAUGAGCUUCAUGAUCCCGCUUGGCAGUGCAUGAGAAAAUAGCCUAGACCUUUAGGCAUAAGUAACUUAUGAUAUUAGUAUAAAAGACUUAACCCAAACGUCGUUCAUUACUGGGAAACUGGCACAGAUAACUAGGUAUUGUUACGCCAUGGUUAAAUUACAUAUUUUUUAUUCACAUCUAAAGCUGUUUUUAUAAUUUCUGUAUACUUUAAAUAUGUGUACUAUAUUUUCUUGAAAUUUCUUAGCCACUAGUUAUGUAUUUCAUUCAAAUCUGUUUUUGUUAUAUUUGUAUGAAUGAUUUGCCAAUGAUUAGUUAGCUGUCAAUUGAUCGCAUCGCAUCGCAUCCCAUUCCAUGCCAUCCUGCGAUGGAGGUGAUUGGCCGUCAUUCGCUUAGAUACAAUUUCAUUGUAGCGAAUUCAAUUCAGUGCGUAAUCUUUGUUUUCUUCGUUUCUCUCUUUGUCUAAAAUACAUUUACUUGUAAAAAA